AUGUCGGAGAGUGAUGGAGGCAGCGGGCCUCAGCACGGCGGCGGUGGUCGCAAGCGAGCCAAUUCGUCGUCGACGGGGGGAAGAAACAGUCCAUCGCCGCCCAGAAACGCCUCUGUAAGCUCCGCCUCCGGUGCUUCGGUCACCCCCGCGCCUUCUCCGGCCCCAGCUCCGGCCCCGGGACCCACCAGCAAGAAGAAGCAGAAGAAGGGUUCCAGGGGGUCUGGCACGGGGUCACAGGCCUACAUUCCUCCGGGCGUGGUCAUUUCGCGGUCUGCCGAAGACUGCGCGCCUCAGCUUACCAUGCCUCAUAAGGAUCAGCUGACGGUGACCGGACACAAAGGUUUCCGCAUGGCGCGGGCAACAAAGGGCGUCUCGAACGGGACAUGGUACUGGGAGUGCGCGGUCCUGCCUCCGGAGACGACGGAGGGCCACUGCCGCCUGGGCUGGUCCCUCCCGGCGGGAAAGCUGCAAGGACCAGUCGGCUACGAUAAGUUCAGCUACGCCUACAGAGAUAUCGCCGGCUCCAAGGUUCACGAUUCUCACCGCUCGGACAACUACGGCGAGCCCUGGGGGCCGGGAGAUGUGAUCGGGUUUCUCAUCAGGCUCAAGUCGCCCACACCAGAAGAGAUAAUAGACACUGUCGGUGCGUCCUCCGACUCUGGUAGGCACGGCAUGACCGCUGCGGCUGCGGCUGCGGCGCUUGCGGCGGGGCAGUCUCCGAGCGAGCUGGCGGCGACGGCGGCGUCUGACACGGCGGCGGGCGACCCCUUGAACGAGAUUCGGUUCUUCAAGAACGGGAGGGAUCAGGGCGUCGCCUAUAGCGCCAUGAAGCCAGGUAUUUCGCGCCUGGGCGCUGUGGCCGUGCACCCGUUGUUGAAAUUGGAGGGAGGCAGCUCCGUGGCACCUGCUGGGUGCAAGCGACCUCCCCAUGCCGAUCACUACGUAAGCAAAUCGCAAGAAUUUGUUGUUUGCCUCAAUUGA